AUGCUGUGGAGUGGGCCCGUGCUAGCGCGGGAAAGAGCCACCCACAACAUCCCAUCCUCACCGCUGCUCUCCUCUCCUCGCUCGCUCCACUCUCGACCACCACCUCCCGACGCGAAGCUCGACUCCAAUCCAUUCCCAUUCCACAGAUUCUCCUUACCACAUAUCUCCAAACCAUCCAUCAUGCGUGAGAUUGUUCACCUCCAGACCGGCCAAUGUGGUAACCAAAUCGGUGCCGCCUUCUGGCAACAGAUCUCUGGCGAGCAUGGUCUCGAUGGCUCCGGCGUCUACAAUGGCACCUCGGACCUCCAACUCGAACGCAUGAACGUCUACUUCAAUGAGGCUUCUGGAAACAAAUUUGUGCCCCGUGCCGUCCUGGUUGAUUUGGAGCCCGGCACCAUGGACGCUGUUCGCGCCGGUCCUUUCGGUCAACUUUUCCGUCCCGACAACUUCGUCUUCGGCCAGUCUGGUGCUGGUAACAACUGGGCAAAGGGUCACUACACAGAGGGUGCUGAGUUGGUCGACCAGGUCCUCGACGUCGUCCGUCGUGAGGCCGAGGGCUGUGACUGCCUUCAGGGUUUCCAGAUUACCCACUCCUUGGGUGGUGGAACUGGUGCCGGUAUGGGUACGCUCUUGAUCUCCAAGAUCCGCGAGGAGUUCCCUGACCGCAUGAUGGCUACUUUCUCCGUCGUGCCUUCCCCCAAGGUCUCCGACACCGUCGUGGAGCCCUACAACGCCACCUUGUCCAUCCACCAGCUUGUCGAAAACUCCGACGAGACUUUCUGCAUUGACAACGAGGCUUUGUACGAUAUCUGCAUGAGGACUCUCAAGCUCAACAACCCCUCCUAUGGUGACUUGAACCACCUCGUCUCCGCCGUCAUGUCGGGUGUCACCACCUGUCUUCGUUUCCCCGGUCAGCUCAACUCCGAUUUGAGGAAGUUGGCUGUCAACAUGGUGCCUUUCCCCCGUCUUCACUUCUUCAUGGUUGGCUUCGCUCCUCUUACUAGCCGUGGCGCCCACUCUUUCCGUGCCGUCUCCGUCCCCGAGCUUACCCAGCAAAUGUUCGACCCCAAGAACAUGAUGGCCGCCUCGGACUUCCGCAACGGCCGUUACCUGACCUGCUCUGCCAUCUUCCGUGGUAAGGUUUCCAUGAAGGAGGUUGAGGACCAGAUGCGCAAUGUCCAGAACAAGAACUCUUCUUACUUCGUCGAAUGGAUUCCCAACAACGUCCAGACCGCCCUCUGCUCCAUUCCUCCUCGUGGUCUUAAGAUGUCGGCUACCUUUGUCGGUAACUCGACCUCGAUCCAGGAGCUCUUCAAGCGUAUCGGUGACCAGUUCACUGCUAUGUUCAGGCGCAAGGCUUUCCUGCAUUGGUACACUGGUGAGGGUAUGGACGAGAUGGAGUUCACUGAGGCUGAGUCCAACAUGAACGAUUUGGUGUCUGAGUACCAGCAGUACCAGGAGGCCUCCAUCUCUGAGGGUGAGGAGGAAUACGAUGAGGAGGCGCCCCUUGAGGGCGAGGAAUAGAUCACUUCCACUGGCGACGACAACGACAGCCUGCCAGGUGUAGGCCGUCGGUGAUUGAAGGUGGAUCAGGUCGAUGUUAUAAUUCGUGCUCUGAACUUUUUGGUCGUAUUCCCUCCGCUAGUACCCGCAUGAGGAUUCAGCGGCUGUAAUCAAUUACACACGUUCUGACAGUAGUUGAUGCAGCGUCAACGGCCUCGGGCGUAGUUACUCUUGUUAAUGCGAAAAUUUGUCUAAUCAGCAAUGGGCCGCUGCUCUCCGUGACGCAUUCCCAUUGGUGUGGUGUUUUGUUUGCGGUGAGAUUGCGAGUGGUCAGUCUAAUGCUCCGACUGGAUAGACGUGCACAACCUACAAGCACAUGGGGAGUCUCGAUGCAUGUAUAUGUAUGUACCUUGAUGUAGUUUUGGAUUAAGGCACAUGAACGAGAUGAUGAUGGUCGCUUGGGGUCUUGCUGCGUAGGGCUAUCGAGGAUCACGUUCACUAUAAUCAUAUUGUUUUUAUCAUCACCACCCACCCUACCUAACUGCCACUAUCGACUAUUGACCAGUAUCACGCCGCCGCCACCGCCAUAGCCAUCGGCGCAUCUAAAAGACGAUCGAAUGCUCGCAGCGUGCGUGACUACCAGCCAUCAUACCACCCCAUUUCUCGUCAUGUUGAGUCGCCACACCAUCCGCUGCACCCUUGUCCCUGCUUUUGCAACUGGCAGAAACCAGCCUACACGCACACGCUCACAUUUCCACCACUACCACCAUGUAUCGUCCCAUCUCAUCCAUCUGCUUUUGAGCCGAGCCAUCCGUACGUUGUACUCGAUUCUUGAUUCGUCUGGGACCGACUUAUUUACAGCCCUUUCUUUCCUUGCUUCCUCUCGCGAUCACGCUUCUCGUAGAUCAUGCCCGUGAAGGGAUCCUCCCACCUGCGUGCCACGCUGUACGCGGUGGCAACGAGCCCCGUAAGGAGGAUUCCGGCGGGCUUGCCGUACCAAAUGGCGGUCGCGAGGAAAGAAAGGGUGCUGCCGUGGUACAUGGGGGCAUCGGACACGUUAAAGGGGAACGAGGUUACAGGGGCGUCCAUGACUAUUUUCAACCCGCCAUUCAGGUUAGCUAGGGCAACCACCGUAGUGAUGAUGGCAGUCAAAGUAAUUUUGAAGCGUGGAGAGUCGGGGCGCGACUUACGGAUUCCAAAGUAAUCGCCCAGGUAAGUUCCCGUGACGCCGAGCGCCCACAUGGAGGUCAGAGUAAGGACUUGGCCGCUGAUAAAUAGAGGAAUAGCCGAGUAAUGAAUGAGUGGCGAGAGAAGUGUUGGGUGCGUGGGUUGAGCCGCAAGAGCCUCGUUGUACCUGAUUUCGUACAUUGGUCAGAGUCGACAACGCCGUUUCGAACACUCCAUAUUGUGUUUAUCAUCAGGAGGAAAACGGGAAUGAAAAGACGUACAGGUAAUCCCUAAAGAUGCCCAACGAGAAGAUGGUGACGGCCAGAGCAUAGCAUCCCAAUCGAGGGUUCCCACCGAAAGUCUUGGUAAUGACCUUGUUACGGUAUUCUGGGAAUU